AUGGGCCGGACGGCUCUUCAUCUGGCGGCGUUCAACGGUCACCUGCCGAUCGUGCACCUCCUGCUCCAGCACAAGGCGUUCGUGAACAGCAAGUCGAAGACCGGCGAGGCGCCGUUGCAUUUGGCCGCCCAAAAUGGACACGUCAAAGUGGUGAAUGUGCUCGUGCAGGAUCACGGAGCGUCUCUCGAGGCGAUCACACUCGACAAUCAGGUCGGUUGGCUGCUAGAAUCAAUCAGUUUGUAACGGUGGCCUAGCUUUUUCAUGUGGAGACAGUUAGGCCAUAGAUAUUGCGUUCUUCAGGCCUGGAGAAGUCGGUGGCCGAACUUUCUCAACCUAGGCCAUAAACUCACAAAAAACCGCUUCCAGACCGCCCUUCAUUUCGCCGCCAAAUUCGGUCAACUCGGCGUCAGUCAGACCCUUCUGGCUCUCGGAGCCAACCCGAACGCCCGCGACGACAAAGGCCAGACGCCUCUCCAUUUGGCCGCCGAAAACGAUUUUCCGGACGUUGUGAAACUGUUCCUGAAGAUGAAGCACAACAAUAACCGCGGCGUUCUCACCGCCAUCGAUCACAACGGAUUCACGUGUGCGCACAUUGCCGCAAUGAAGGUAACGGAGGGGGGGGGGGGACUAGAAGAGCUCGCGCCGUGGCCUAACUUUUUCGGUUUGUAGGGAAGUUUGGCGGUCGUUCGCGAGUUGAUGAUGAUCGACAAGGCGAUGGUGAUUCAAGCGAAGACGAAGACGUUGGAGGCGACGACGUUGCACAUGGCCGCCGCCGGAGGACACGCGAAUAUUGUGAAGAUCCUGCUGGAGAACGGCGCCAAUGCGGAGGAUGAGAACUCGGUAAUCGAUUGCCAAUGAGCUUGAGAAUAGCCAUCACCUUUUCGGUUUUCAGCACGGAAUGACCGCUCUCCAUCUGGGCGCCAAAAACGGUUUCGUCUCGAUUCUCGAGGCGUUCGACAAAGUGCUCUGGAAACGAUGCUCCAGAAAAGUGAGCCGACAAUAUCAGUGUCUUCUUCGACUCUUCCAACAUUCAGACCGGUCUAAACGCUCUGCACAUUGCCGCCUUCUACGGAAACUCGGAUUUUGUGAACGAGAUGUUGAAGCACGUGCAGGCGACGGUCCGAUCCGAACCGCCCAUCUACAACCACCACGUGAACAAGGAGUUUGCCACUGAGGUACGUACAUGGUCUCGCACUACUGUAGCCAUCACUUUUUCAUUUCAGUACGGAUUCACACCGCUCCAUUUGGCGGCUCAAAGCGGUCACGACAGCCUCGUUCGGAUGUUGCUCAAUCAGGGAGUUCAAGUGGACGCCACCAGUACCACUAUGGUAGAAUUGGACAAUAUCUAGAGUUUAACUAAUAUUUUUUUUGUCAAGAACGUGAUUCCGCUUCAUUUGGCCGCCCAACAGGGCCACAUUGCCGUCGUCGGAAUGCUCUUGUCCCGGUCGACGCAACAGCAACACGCAAAGGAUUGGCGCGGGAGGACUCCGUUGCACUUGGCCGCACAAAACGGACACUAUGAGAUGGUCUCGCUGCUCAUCGCCCAGGGAUCCAAUAUUAAUGUUAUGGAUCAGGUUGGUGAACGUUCGGAUCGAAUAGUUGGGCUGAAACUUUCAAAGUUUGAGUUGAAAAUCGUAGAGUUCUGAAACUUCCUAUGGCUCUGAAUAUGUUUUCGUGAAUGCUUGACAUCUUGUGCUGUAUCUUGAUAGUUGACAAUUUUUUCAUGCGACCACUCCUUGGAGUACUGUAGCUCUUGGAAGUUAGCGCUUGGCAGAGGCAACUUACAAGAGGCACAGUAAUUUCUCGAUUUCACCACGAAACUGAUACGAUUUCAAUUCUGAAAAAAACAUGGUUGCAGAACGGCUGGACAGGCCUGCACUUUGCCACUCGCGCGGGCCAUCUGAACGUGGUGAAGCUGUUCAUCGACAGUUCGGCGGAUCCGCUGGCCGAGACGAAAGAGGGAAAAGUGCCGUUGUGCUUCGCGGCGGCCCACAAUCACAUCGAGUGCCUCCGUUUCCUGCUCAAACAGAAGCACGACACGCACCAACUGAUGGAGGACCGCAAGUUCAUAUUCGACCUGAUGGUGUGCGGAAAAACGAACGAUAACGAGCCGCUGCAAGAGUUCAUCCUCCAGUCGCCGGCUCCGAUCGAGACGGCUGUCAAGCUGUCGGCCCUCUAUCGCGAUAUGUCCGAGAAGGAGAAGGAACGCGCGAGGGACCUGCUCAACGUGGCCGUGUUCAGCGAGAAUAUGGCUGUCGAGUUGUUGGGUACGGACGAAAUCAUUGAAAUUUAUGAGAAGACAAGGUGUUCAGGUAUCACUGCCACCGAGUACAACGCCGCGUUACUUUUGAAGGCGAAGGAUAACCGCGGAAGACCUCUGUUGGAUGUGCUCAUCGAGAAUGAACAGGUAGGAAUGAGCUACAGUAGCCCUUCUGAGUGAUCAUAGUGGUCAACCACUCCCUCGACUACUGUAGGUCUUAGAAGCCUCGUGCUGCAUUUGCCCGAAAACUUCAAAGAUGCCACGGCGACGAAAAGUGUAGAAAGGGGCGUGGCCUAAUCUGAGACGCGUUUUCUGAAAAUUGCCGCAAUUCCAGCACACUUUUCCGAUAUUUUUGUGUGUUGAUAUCGACGAAAAAAGAGAAAUUGAAGAGAGAAAACAUUGAAAUUUUCGUGAAAACGCCGCGUUUGAGACGUUUUUGGCAUCAUUCGCAAUACGCCCUCAGCGGCCAAUCGCCGCCGAAAUUUCGGAAUUUUCAUACCGGCCGAUGUGGAUAGUUUUGAGACGAAGUGAGUGUCGGAAGUGAUUAAGCACACGUUAAUACAAGUAUUUUAAGCGUUCAAACGGCAAAAAGUAUCGGCGAAUGACUGAAAUUCGCGCAUUUUCAGCACAAAACUUGAAAAUCGCAUCAAUUGAUUCAUUCUCUGAAUGAAACCUGCUCGUUUUAAGCUCAAAAAGUGCGCGAUGAUUAGUUUAACAAACUUUUGCAAUUACAUCGUCAAAAUCGUACAAAAUUUGGGUAAUUUUUGACGAAAAACAUGAAAAAUAGGGUGUUAAAUUUCGAAUUUCGUACCAAAUUGGUGCCACGCCCCCCUUUCUACGUGGAUGCCUCUUUUUUGCAACCUUAGUACUCUCAUCUACAGUAUCGCUUGCAUCCAACCGUUUUUGCAGAAAGAAGUGGUGUCGUACGCGUCGGUGCAACGGUACCUGACAGAAGUGUGGACGGCGCGUGUCGACUGGUCCUUCGGCAAGUUCGUCGCCUUCUCGCUGUUUGUGCUCAUGUGCCCGCCCGCCUGGUUCUACUUUUCGCUGCCGCUCGACAGCCGCAUCGGACGCGCGCCGAUCAUCAAAUUCGUGUGUCACAUCGUUUCGCACGUCUACUUCACAAUACUCUUGACUAUUGUCGUCCUCAACAUCACUCACAAAAUGUGCGGUUUCAGGGGCAACGAAAAAGCAUCAAAAAGCAUCAAAUUCAGGUACGAAGUGACGUCGGUGGCCCCGAAUCCUGUCGAAUGGUUGCUCCUACUGUGGCUCUCCGGAAAUUUGGUCUCCGAAUUGUCGACGGUCGGAGGCGGUUCCGGAUUGGGAAUUGUCAAGGUGAGUUUCGGCUUUUGUUCACACCGGGCGCACUCUGUCCUUGCAGGUGCUCAUCCUCGUGCUCUCCGCAAUGGCCAUCGCAGUGCAUGUGUUGGCAUUCCUCCUGCCGGCCGUCUUUCUCACCCAUUUGGACAACGACGAGAAGCUGCACUUUGCCCGCACGAUGCUCUACCUCAAAAACCAGCUGUUCGCGUUCGCUCUGCUCUUCGCCUUCGUCGAAUACCUCGAUUUUCUGACUGUCCAUCACUUGUUCGGUCCGUGGGCCAUCAUUAUUCGGUAAGCAACCCAUAGGCAAUGGCGUCGUCCCAAUCGGUUCAUGAUUUCAGAGAUUUGAUGUACGAUUUGGCGCGUUUCCUCGUCAUUCUGUUGCUGUUCGUCGCCGGUUUCACUCUACACGUCACCAGCAUUUUCCAGGUAUACGGUCUCGAGAGCUGACAAUGCCCCUCCCAAUAGAGCGAUACAUUGGCGCGAAAUUCAAAUUUUAACAGCAAAAUUUGUGUUUUUUGCCAGAUUACCCACGAAAAAUCGAUAAUUUCUCAUUUGUCUCUCGAUAGACCGAUUGUAUAGGCGAUUACGAAUUUUUAAGCGCAAGAGCGUUAAAUUUGGUCAAGUCGCAAAUCACAUUUAUCCGUUUAAAGGUUUUUGGCUAAAACUGCGUGAAUUCCGGUUGCUUUUCGGUAAUUUUCGCGGUUCGAGCGCUCAAAAUGCUUGUAUUUACGUGAUUUAUCAUUCUCAAAACCAAUUCUGUCUGAAAACGGUCAAAAAAACGCAAAAUGAGAAGUGCGCUUUUUAGGCGGCGAAGGCGAAAAAGCAAGUCCGCGAAAAAUGAGCCAAAACGUCAUUAAUUCUGAGAAUUAGUGUGUUUUCAUGCCGAACAAUCAUUUUUCAUCGCCGUUGACCACAAAAAUCAGAGAAAACGUGCUCAAUUCAUGAAAACGUCAUUUGGCCGCCGAGGCCACGCCCAUAUAGUCAGGGUACCCACUACAGUAAUCCUUGACUUCCUCUAACCUACCUUUACCGUACUGUGUCAUCUCACAUCCUACAGUGGUCAAGUGUACUCGGCCCGUACGUCGUUCUUUCAGCCCGCCUACCAACCGGUCGACGAGGACAGUGCCGAACUGAUGCGUCUCGCCUCGCCGGAGCAGACGCUCGAGAUGCUCUUCUUCUCACUGUUCGGCCUCGUCGAACCCGACUCGAUGCCGCCGCUCCAUCUCGUGCCCGACUUUGCCAAGAUCAUCCUCAAAGUGUUGUUCGGCAUCUACAUGAUGGUCACUCUCAUCGUGCUCAUCAAUCUGCUCAUCGCCAUGAUGUCCGACACGUACCAACGCAUUCAGGCGCAGUCGGACAAGGAGUGGAAGUUCGGACGCGCCAUUCUCAUCCGACAGAUGAACAAGAGGAGUGCGACGCCUUCGCCCAUCAACAUGCUCACCAAGUUCCUGAUUGUUGUGCGUGUCGCGUGGCGGAAUCGAUGUGAGUUGCCAAAGAGCGGUUCGGUUGCAAAACGUCCGUGCCCCCUUUUUCAGUACGAUGCAUGACUCGAAAGGCGCAAGACGAUCUGCGAUUCGAGGAGAACAUUGACGCGUUUUCGAUGGGCGGCGGACAGCAGGGACGUGCCAGUCCGACAAUGAGACCCGACGAGGGAGGAGGUACUGUUGUCCAUUCAAAACCGCGUAUCUCGGCUGCCCGAAGAGAUAUCAAAAAGUGGUCAACUGAUAAAAUGUGCAAAAUGUGUUUUUGAGCAUUUGAUCAGUUGACAACUUUUUGCUAUCUGUACUGGCAGCUGAGAUACAUCGUCAUUCAAAUUUGAAUGGAAAAUUGAGAGGAAGAACUUUUGCACGGUUCCUGAAACGUUUCUGUGCUGCUAUUUUAACUGUAGAAGUUCUGAAAGUUAAAACUCGAAGCUCCUUGGCCUUUUAAUGGUGGCCGAACUUUGUAGCUAGCGAAAACUAGGCCACCAACUUAUUUCCUUACAGAAAUGGGCGGUCAACGUGCGGAACUCGGUCGCAGUGCCGACUGGAACAUUGAAACGGUGAUCGACUGGCGAAAAAUAGUUUCAAUGUACUAUCAGGCGAACGGAAAAAUGGAAGACGGACGAAGUCGGGAGGACUACGACCACGCCCAUCCGUCGAUCCCGGCUGCUCUCGCUUAA